GCUGAUCUCUCGUCAAUAAAAGCAGGCGAUUUCCUCUUCCCUCCUUCGUUUAAAACAACUAACAAGAAGUACGACGCGGUCUCUGGAAUUUGGGCGGCGGCGUUAGGAUUGAAGCAGAAUCCCAAGUCGACAGCAUUACGAGCAAGGGAUUCGAUUGCGGUCAGAUUAUUAUUUCUCAACUUGAAUCCUUGAAGUUGCUCAGCUACUUCUGACACAGUAUGACUAGCGUUUCAUCAUCCAAUAACAUUGCUUUGGUUGCUUUAAAAAAGCAGAGCAGACAUUUCAAAUUGCAACUGCCAUCGUUCAGAUUUAAUCAUUUAAAAAGUAGGAGAUUUGAAGGAACACUGAAACAUGCAUCCUACGUGAAGGAUGUCAGUGCUAUCUUAACCAAAUCUGAAAUUGAUUUUAAAGAUCCAAAUUGGAAGCAACGGAUACAAGAGGAUUUUUCUAAACAAUUCAGUUUGCCACAUUUGAAUGAUAUUUUGGAUUUGAAGCCAAGACCGACUACAUUCACCCCCAAGAGCAGAGGUCCUCUAGACGUGGGUAAUGGUGAAUUGAAGGAUAAGAGUGACGGCUAUGUGCAUGAUGAUGAUAGAGCACUUUUGAAGGUUCUGAAGUUUGCUUCACCAAGCUCUGCAGGUGCUGAGUGCAUUGAUCCUGAUUGUAGCUGGGUGGAGCAAUGGGUGCAGCGAGCUGGGCCUAGGAAAGAGAUAUAUUAUGAACCUGUAGAGGUAAAAGCUGCAAUUGUCACUUGUGGAGGACUUUGUCCAGGUCUUAAUGAUGUCAUUAGACAGAUAGUGCUCACCCUUGAAAAAUAUGGGGUCAAAAACAUUGUUGGAAUCCAGUAUGGAUUUCGUGGAUUUUGUGAUCAGAGUUUACGAGAAUUACCACUUUCCCAUCAAGUGGUUCAAAACAUUAAUCUUGCUGGUGGAAGUCUGCUAGGAGUAUCUCGUGGAGGGCCUAGUGUAAGCGCCAUUGUAGAUAGCAUCAAGGCUAAGGCAAUUGAUAUGGUUUUUGUGCUGGGCGGAAAUGGAACACAUGCAGGGGCAUAUGCAAUACAUAAUGAGUGCCGCAAGAGAAAAAUGAAAGUGACAAUAAUUGGUGUCCCCAAAACCAUUGAUAAUGACAUUCAGCUUAUGGACAAGACAUUUGGUUUUGAUACUGCUGUAGAAGAAGCUCAAAGAGCAAUUAACUCUGCAUACAUUGAGGCUCACAGCGCAUACCAUGGCAUUGGGAUAGUAAAACUGAUGGGAAGAAGCUGCGGGUUCAUAGCCAUGCAUGCAUCACUUUCCAGUGGUCAAAUAGAUAUUUGCUUAAUUCCUGAGGUACCUUUUAAACUUGAGGGACCAAAUGGAGUACUACAACACCUCGAGCAUUUAAUAAGAACAAAUGGAAGUGCUGUAAUUUGCGUCGCUGAAGGAGCAGGGCAAGAAUUUUUAAGCAAAUCAAAUGCAACAGAUGCAUCAGGAAAUGCAAUGCUUGGAGAUAUUGGAGUUUACAUGCAACAACAGAUAAAAAUGCAUUUCAAGAAUAUAGGUCUUCCAGCAGAUAUUAAGUACAUAGACCCAACAUAUAUGGUACGUGCAUGCCGUGCUAAUGCAUCUGAUGCUAUCCUAUGCACUCUGCUAGGUCAAAACGCUGUUCAUGGAGCUUUUGCUGGAUUCAGUGGCAUCACAACCGGCGUAUGCAACACACAUCAUGUCUACCUUCCCAUUCCAGAAGUAAUAAGAUUUCCUAAGAGUGUUAAUCCCAACAGCAGAAUGUGGCAUCGAUGCCUGACAUCAACUGGUCAACCUGAUUUCCAGUGAAAGUGACUGGGAGUAUCAUCGGCUUAUUUAGAUGCCCCUCCAAACCUCAUUUUUCUUCUUACAGACACCAGAGUUAACCGCCAUGCGGUUAGAAGAUUGAAGACUCAACAUAGUCAUCUCAAUUGAUCAUGUGAAAUUAUUGAUUUUGUGUUAAUAAGAAUGGAAGAAAACAAACUUAGUUGAGUUCUUAAAGAUCUAUAGAGAGUGUUGAUGUAAUUAAAAAGGCCUGAUGAAUUCAUUGUAACUACAAUUUCCUUUCUACUAAAUUCAAAUUUUCUUUAUAGGAAGAAGUUACCAUCAAUUUUGGCUGAGUUGUAUUGUUGUAAUGAGCAAUCAUAUCCAUAAUGAAUGAACCACACUUAGUUUUCCUGUA